GACACGGCGGCGGUUGGCGGCCGUAGGCAGCGGUUGGCGACGGUAGGCGGCAGCAGUCGGUCGGCGGCACGCGUGCAGCCAUGCCCAUUUCCCAGGUCUUCCUGCAGGGUCGCUGCCACUUCGCCGACAGGUGCCGGAACGCGCAAGCCAGCGGCCGCUGGGGGCGCCCCUACCCAGCAGCUCCCGUCAGAGGAGCCAGACGAGGAUGGGGUGCCGCUACCCGGAGAUACGCAAACCAUAUCCGGCCGCGGGUGUUCCAGCACACGGCAGGAGCUGGAGGAGGAGGAGGAAUGGGUGCUUCUACCCAGAGAAACACAAACCUUCUCCAGCCAGCCGUUUUCCAGCACACGGCAGGAGGAGGAGGAGGAUGGGGCGCUCCCGCAGCCGUUACGCAGCCUCCUGUGAUUGCAAACAGCACAUCGGGUGGCAGCGGUGAUGGAGGAGGACUCUCUGGUGCCUCCGGUUUUGGACCAGCGGGCAACAACGGUGCGGUCCUCUCGCAGAACGCAUUCUCUGCGUUAAGCAGUGCACAGCCUGCUGAUGGCCAGAGAGAUGGACAGCAGAGCCUUCUUGACGUUAUAGCGGAAGACAUGGCAACGUGGGAAUCUUCUGGACAGUGGAUGUUUUCGUGUUACUCUCCUGAGACAGGCAAGCCUAAUGUUCCAGGCUUUGGAGAGUUCUCGGCUGAGGAGGUGCGUCUGGAGUAUUAUAACUGCAGUGCAAACAACAACACUGGCUACUACAUCAACUCUGUCAAUCAGUUAGUGCAGCAGUGGAGAAAGAGGCUGCAGGAGCUGAAGGCUUUGAAUGGCUCGGGAAAAGCAGCGAUGCAGAAUGGCGGUGGAGGAGGAGGAGGAAUGGGUGCUGCUACCCAGAGAAACACCAACCUUAUCAGGCCAGCCAUGUUCCAACACACGGCAGGAGGAGGAGCAGGAGCAGGAGGAGGAGGAACAGGAGGAGGAAUGGGUGCUUCUAGCCAGACAAACACCAACCUUAUCCAGCCAGCCAUGUUCCAGCACACGGCAGCAGGUGGAGGAGGAGCUGGAGGAGGAAUGGGUACCACUACCCAGAGAAACAAAAACCUUAUCAGGCCAGCCAUGUUCCAGCACACGGCAGGAGGUGGAGGUGACGUUAUAGCGGAAGACAUGGCAACGUGGGAAUCUUCUGGACAGUGGAUGUUUUCGUGUUACUCUCCUGAGACAGGCAAGCCUAAUGUUCCAGGCUUUGGAGAGUUCUCGGCUGAGGAGGUGCGUCUGGAGUAUUAUAACUGCAGUGCAAACAACAACACUGGCUACUACAUCAACUCUGUCAAUCAGUUAGUGCAGCAGUGGAGAAAGAGGCUGCAGGAGCUGAAGGCUUUAAAUGGCUCGGGAAAAGCAGCGAUGGUAAGUGUUGAGGAAAGUCGUCAGAUUGAUGGUGCUAGGGUGUUUGACAGAGAAUAG